AUGGACUUUCAGGUUUUUACCACUGCUUUGGAAACCUGUAAGACCGCCUGGUUUGAUGAAGGAAAUGUUUCCGAUAACGGAGACUCCGAGCUCUUACAGGACUUGAGGAGGAAACACUCGACCAGGAUCUGCUCCAACCCAGUGGACAUGGAGGCUCAGACUGUGGCCGGCAUCAAGUCACAGCACACAGAUAACACCUUCCACACAUACAGCGCAUCAGAAGGCCUUUUAUGCCUGAACUCUGAACAGAAACAGAAGCAGUGUGAGGAUUAUAAGGUCAUGUUCACCUGUACUGGACAGUUCUGCUCAGAAUGCCAGACACGCUGGUUUGAUCACGAUGACCCAACAGGAAAUGGAGACUAUGAGGUGCUUACUGACCUCCUCAGCGAAUAUCCGAGAGAAAUCUGCCCUCGACCCAUAGCCAUCGAAGUCCAGACAGUUACUGGAGAACCUGCAUCCAAUACCUCUGAUGUGUUUUUAACUUUUGAUGCCACCAGUGGGUUUAUCUGUGUAAAUGCGGAACAGAGGGGCAGGAGCUGUGAAGACUACAGAGUGAGGUUUACGUGUCCACAAGAGUUCUGUGAAGCUAUGACGUUCAGUUUGGGUUCGCGUGCAUCAAUGAAAAACAGACAAACCACCGGUGUGAUGAUUAUGAAGUGAGACUAACAUGUCCUUCAGACUUCUGUCAAGGUUGCAGGACACGCUGGUUUAACAUGGACAAACCCACAAAACGGGGAGACUAUGAGACACUUGUCCGGCUGCAGAUGUCAUAUCCAGAUGAGGUGUGCACCAAUCCUCUGGCCAUAGAAGCUGUGACGGACUCUGGUGUUCCGGCGUGCAAAACUGGAGACGUCUUCCAAGUAUAUGAUGCGACUGAUGGCUUCAUGUGUGUGAAUGCUGAGCAGCCUGGUGGAAGACGCUGUCAAGACUAUAAGAUCCGCCUUACCUGUCCACUGGAAUUUUGCUCAGUGUGACCAAUAAAUGUUUUUAAGGC